ACCCUUUUUGGAGAUGCUGAAGCGGAAAUGGAGCAACAAGCAAUACUGUGGCGAUGUCGAAUCGGAUCCAUUCGACUUUGUCUAUCGGGGCAGUGUUUUUGAUCCGUUCGAGGAAUCCAACAAAGUACCGACGAUACAGGAACACCUGUACUGUAGCAGCACCAGCACCGUCAUUGAUACGGAGGAUCUAAUCGAGGAUAUACAACUGCCUGCCCAUCGGCUUUCGGCUAAAGUCCGGCAACAGUAUCUAUACUAUCUGGACCGGGUACUGCGUAAGAAUUAUCACACCUGGUUAGCGUCGUACAGCAACAAUCACAACGAUAAUCCGUUCACCGAUGAUGAGCUGAGACAGUGUGCUGAAACUAUCGAGAUGCGAGCGGUCCAAGCAUGCAUGAUAACAUCUCUGUAUCGUAACUUUAUCCUCCAAAAGAUUGGAGAAAUCCGGAAGCAAACGACUCUUGGGCUUAUACAUCCUAAUAUUACUGAUGUGAAGUUUAAACCCGCAUUAAUAAAAAGGGAACAGUGUCAUGUCGGUGUGCAGACCGAUACAAACCAUACGGUGCAAGCCCAUUGCAGCGUCCCCAUCAAGUACAAAUCACUAGCAUCCGUACCGGAGAUAAGUUUGGUAGAAAAAAUGCAACGAUUUCAACAAAAUAAUAUGCCGGAAGUAUUCAUACACCCUGCGCAAGAUGCUGGUAGUGAGAACGUCGACCCAUCUGAAUGCAUCUUUCCAGUACAAAAAUCAAAACAAGCGUCAAAAACGGUUGACCUAUUCGAAAAUCCCAUAAUGGAAAGUAAACGGCCCCGAAACGAAGCAAUGGAUGAUGAAAUUAUGCGAGAAUUACAAGCAAUGUUUGAACCAUCGGAUGAAGAAACCAACAUAUUCGGAACACAGGAAGCACCAUACCCCGAACCGCUUCACGCUGGGCAACAGUUUUCCGAUCCACCAUCCACUUCCAGCCCGCAAAUUGAUAGCAAAAUUCUGCUCCCGGUUCAGCAACCGGUAGUGGAGCAAGAUUUGCGCUGCAGUAUGUGGCCGUGCGAGUUGCACAUGCAGCGCAUGAAGCUACGCAACUUGUUGGUAAAAAUAGCGGAAGAUAAUUACCGACGGUACGAGCGGCUCGUACAAUCCCAGUUCGUAACACUGUUCGGGGAGGACGAUGGAGAAGAGCAGGAUCUCGGCCCGUACAGUCCAACGAUCGAGCUGAACGAGGUGCUAGUAUCGAGCUGCCGGCAGCGUAUAGCGAAAUGGGUCGUGCAAGCACUGAUGCGUCCGCUAAACGAUGGACUGAUAGCGAAUAGGUUUCUGUUCAAAAAGCUUGCCAAACGGCUAGCGGACGGUAUAAUCUACGCGAAUCAGUACCCCGACAAAAAAUUCAUCCGGAACUACGUAAAUGACUAUUUUUGUUCACACGCACAAAUUAACAGUAUCCAGGAUAUAACGUAAUUUUGAAU